GUGCCGCGAGCGCGCUGAUGCCCCGAGUGAACGCAGGGCUGCCAGCUAACCAUGUCGCGGUCGCCCGCAGCUGCUUUGGCGCUGCUCCUGCUCGUGCUGCUGGUGCCGACGCCGCUCCUGAGCAGCGCGCGACGUUCCCCAGGCCCGGAUUACCUGCGGCGCAGCUGGCUGCGGCUGCUGGUGGAGGGGGAGGGCUGCGCGCCCUGCAGGCCGGAAGAGUGCGCCGCGCCCCGGGGCUGCCUGGCGGGCCAGGUGCGCGACCCGUGCGGCUGCUGCUGGGAAUGCGCCAAUCUCGAGGGCCAGCUCUGCGACCUGGACCCCAGCGCUCACUUUUACGGGCGCUGCGGCGAGCAGCUUGAGUGUCGCUUGGACGCAGGCGGGGACCUGAGCCGCGGCGAAGUGCCGGAGCCUGUGUGUGUCUGCAGUUCGCAGCGUCCCCUCUGUGGCUCCGACGGCCGCACCUACGCGCACAUCUGCCGCCUGCAGGAGGCGGCCGGCGCUCGGCCCGACGCCAACCUCACUGUGGCGCACCCGGGGCCCUGUGAGUCCGAGCCCCAGAUCAUGUCGCACCCACACGACAUUUGGAACGUGACAGGGCAGGACGUGAUCUUCGGCUGUGAAGUGUUUGCCUACCCUAUGGCCUCCAUCGAGUGGAGGAAGGAUGGCUUGGACAUCCAGCUGCCAGGGGAUGACCCCCACAUCUCUGUACAGUUUAGGGGGGGACCCCAGAGGUUUGAGGUCACAAGUUGGCUGCAGAUCCAGGCUGUGCGUCCCAGUGAUGAGGGUAUCUACCGCUGCCUUGCCCGCAAUGCCCUGGGCCAGGUCGAGGCCCGGGCUAGCUUGAUGGUGCUCACACCAGACCAGCUGAACUCCACAGGUAUCCCCCAGCUGCAGUCCCUGAACCUGCUUCCUGAGGAGGAGGCUGAGAGUGAAGAGGGCGAGGACUACUACUAG